CCGCUCCUCACUCGCAGCCCCGUGCUUCGCUCCUCUCCGAACAUGGCAAAAAUAUCCAGCCCUACAGAGACUGAACGGUGCAUCGAGUCUCUGAUUGCUGUUUUCCAAAAGCAUGCUGGAAGGGACGGUAACAACAGCAAACUCUCCAAGGCUGAGUUCCUUAUCUUCAUGAAUACAGAGCUGGGUGCCUUCACAAAGAACCAGAAGGACCCUGGUGUCCUUGACCGCAUGAUGAAGAAGCUGGACCUCGACUCUGAUGGACAGCUAGAUUUCCAAGAAUUUCUUAAUCCUAUUGGCGGCCUGGCCCUAGCUUGCCAUGACUCCUUUAUUAAGUCUACCUCUUCCCAGAAGUAA